UGAUCUUACCUCGUGUUUCUGUUUUGCCUUAUAAGCCCCACUGCUUACUGUGGUUUCUCUAGUCUCUCCUCCUUUUCCCUCCUCCUUUCUUCCCUUGACUACCCUUCUCCUCUUCCUCACCCUGUCCAUCCCCCUCCUGCUUAUGUUCCUCCUACUUCCUGAGAGCAUGGAUGACAACAUAGAAACCCAAACCUUCCUGUACUUUGCCUAUGGUAGCAACUUGCUGAAGGAGAGGCUCCAGAUCAAGAACCCCUCCGCAACCAUCCACUGUGUGGCCAGGCUCAAGGCUUAUAAAUUGGUUUUUGGAAACUACAAGGGUCUGGCUAGCGAAAGGUGGCAUGGGGGUGUGGCAACCAUUGAGAACAGCCCAGAUGAUGAGGUGUGGGGUGUUGUGUGGAGGAUGAACGUGUCGGAUCUUGAGUCCUUAGACAGCCAGGAGAAUGUGAGACUAGGGGCCUACCGGCCUGUGGAAGUGAAAGUGAAGACAAUGGGCAAAGAGCUCAACUGUCGCACCUACAUUAUGAACAGCUGUAUUUACGCCCCACCGUCUCCCCAGUACCUCAAGGUGAUUGUAAUGGGGGCGGAGCAGAAUGGCUUGCCCAAGGACUACCAGGAGAAGUUGAAGGCCAUCGAGACCAACAAGUAUGAGGGCCCACUUCCUGUCAUGGCUGAGCUGGAGAGGAUUAUGAAAAAAGCUGAUUCUUAAUUAAGAACACCUUGAACAAACUGUCAUGUUUAGGAACUCAACUUCUGGUAGAACAA